GCUGUAAUGCAUCUGUGAAAUGGAGUUUUUGCACUGAAGUAGUAUAAUCCUAAGGGGAAAACAAUUUAGAGGGAGAAAUAUUGUCCUUCAGAUCAUAGGAUCAUCUCAGCAAACCAUGCCUCUUUUUUUAAAGACACUGAAAGAGCUCUAGUGAGGAACCAAACAAUCACUACAAACAGUCCACCAAAAGAAUCGAAUUAGUGGCCAUGGAGCUGAGAACAAAUGGAAAAACUCUGCAAACACAAGAAAGCAUAUUGUGAGAACUCAUCUUUUUUGUUCGUGGUCUCUGUGAAUCACGUAAAUGUUUUUUCUGGCACCUGCAUAGAAAAACCCAUUUGUGUGAAUUCACAGAUGACCACUCAAAUAACUGCAGUUACAGAUGGAGAGAAUGCUUUCAAAGUGCGGCUCAGUAUCAAAACAGCUCUGGGAGACAAUGCAUAUAGAUGGGAUGCUACUGAAGAAUAUCUCUUUAAAGCAAUGGUGGCUUUUGCCAUGAGACGAUCCUCGAGGCAGAAAGCAACCAAAAUUUCCAAUGUACAGCUUUGCAGUGUAACAGAGCGAGUAUCAUUUUGGUUCGUGGUUACCGAUUCAUCCACAAAUAUAACUGUUCCCAAGGGUGAUGUGGAAGCAGCCAUAAGGUCCAACAAAAAUCGAAUCAACAGUGCCUUUUUACUAGAUGAUAGCACACUGCAGUUCUUGCACAUCUCAACAACUCUAGCUCCACCAAUUGAGCCAUCUGUGCCAACAUGGCUGAUUGUCUUUGGUGUUGUUCUUUGCCUGGUUGUAGUUGGGAUUGUUCUCCUUGCCAGCUCUGGAAUCUGUCAAAACAGGAGAUGUAAUAAGGAGCAUGAAGAAACAGAAGGUUUACAAGAGAAAUGUGAAACCACAUUAACCAUGGAAAAUGGAAUUCCCUGUGAUACUUUAGAUUUAAAAGCUGGCCAUAUUAAUGGAGUCUACACAGCAGCAGAUGACGAACGGUUUGCACCCUUAUGAACAGUCACUUGUUUCUCACACACCCUUUGUGAGACUCUGCCCUUGUUUUAUCUAGCUAUGAAUGUUGAUUAUCAAACAAGGGAAGAAACCCAUGAACUUUGCCUUUUUAUUUCCCCAUGGAACACUUCCUUUAGUAAGCCGUGCAUAUGCAAGCACAUACACACUCAAAAUGUGAUUUGCCUCAAGAUAUUAUUAAUGAAAACAUCUAACAAAACUCCAAGUCUUUGGAUGUACAAGAGAUUUGAGUCCAAAGGCUAUUUUCCAGCCUGUGCCUUGCUAUUAAUUGUUUUCACUUUUAGUUACCUUUUAUCCUUUAUUUUAUUUUCCUGGGGUGGAGGAGUAUGAAUUGCUUUGUUCUGAUAUAUUCACCAAUGCAUUGAUCUGUGAAGUACAGCUGCCACAGAAUUCAGUUCAUGUCACUGGAGCUCAGAGGGAUUUGAAAAACUGAUGAGCAAAAACAAAUGUUGCACUUGACAAACAAUGGCUUUUCAAAAGACUGAUGAGGCCAUUGUAGCUGUCAAUGGCAUUUUACUUUUAUUUGCAUCUUAAUCUCCCACCAUGAGCUCUGGUUUUACAGAUUUGGGUAGCACUUCAAGAAGUAAGGAGGGGGGGAGGGGAACCAGUCCAGGACUGUUCCAAUAAACAUGAAUGUAUUUUGGAGUGUCUGGCCUUGUCUGCACUUGCCAGAGUACUCCAGGGUUGACCUGAAGUAUCCUAGUUCUACAAUUGCCCCAACCUACCCCUGUUACUUUGGUCUCCGUGCCAUAGCAGCUGUCUGCACAGGCAUCCCACUGGGCCACCCAGUGCAUCCACCACUGCCAUGGGUCACUUGCUUCUGAAAUCAGAAUAAGGCACCCAAUGAUGGUCACAUGCUGAGUUCUUCAUUCUGACCUCACACUAAGUGACCCAUGAUAAUGUCAAAUGUGCUAGUUGGCCCAGCAGGAUACCCAUGCAGGUGACCAGAGUAGCAUGGAAAUGUAGGGCUCCAGAUCUUCCCAGAAGAUCCGGAGCAACAGGUAGUUUUUUUAAAAAAUCAUGUUAACCUUGUUUUGUCUGGAUUAUGGUGUUGGAUGUGCCAGAGAUUAUCCAGACUGCUUGCACUAGAACUAGGGUUUGGGCAAAUAGGACAAUGCCAGAAUAGGGUGUGGGGAAGAAAUGGUCCUUUUGGCCUGUGAAGACAAGGCCUCUCUUAGAGUUUAGAGGAUCAGCCACUAGAAGAUGGCUGCAGUGUUCACAUAUGAAAUUACAGUUAGCAAGAGAAGCAGUAACAGGCCAUGUACAUACUGAUGUUCACAGGAAACACAGAGGGUCUAAGUCCAGACUUGUAUGUAUGGACUUCUCAAUGUGCUUGAAUCUCUGGCCCCUCAUACAGUCUGCACGUUUGGCUGCUUGGGUACAUUACUUUUUAAGAAACUGACUCCCAGAAUUUUCAGUUGGUGUGACCAUGGGACUUGUCCAUAAAAAAACAAACAAAAAACCAACACUUUCCCAGGCUCUGCCUAUUUUAUCCUUUCCAACUGUAAACACUUCAGGCAAAGUUAAUCUUUCCCAUGGCUCAUAUGAUGUGGUUUGAGUUCUUUUGGCUAACAAAUGAUAAAAUAAAUUGUUUCAAAAAAGCAUGUGAUCUCUUAAAUUUAAGAUGUUAAACAAAUUAUUUUCAUAAUAUGCAGGGUGGGGGAUCAUUUUGGGAUUUUAUCUUGAAACAAUAAUGACUUCUUUUUCAUUCAGAACUGAUCCAGAAUGACUGUCUAACACAUAUAUGUAAGAUUAGGUAGAUUAUCACACGGGAAAACAGAUGUGGGUUACAUGCAGUUUGUAU